UGCUUGCUCCCCUCCCUCUUCAUACUUUAUAAUAUGAGAAGACGAGCAAAAGCAAAAGUCAAAAUGUCAACUUUUUGACCUAGCUCCAGAUAUAUCAUCAAUUGCAUCUUCUUGAAUCUAAUCAAUUCAGAUCUCAACACCGUUAGGUUACACAGAUUUUCGCUGAUUGAUCGGCGUCGAAGUUGCAAUUUUGUAUCAUAAUAGGGGAGUUAAUUCAUUGUUGGUGGAUAUGGGGUAUUUGAGUUCAGUUUCAUCGGCCAGCAUGGGUCAACCGAAUGGUGAUUCGCCUGUUAGUGGUGGUGGUCUGAGUGAAGACUCAAAGUUCAGCUACGGGUUUGCAAGUUCUCCAGGAAAAAGAUCUUCGAUGGAGGAUUUCUACGAGGCAAGAAUCGAUAGCGUAGAUGGUGAAACGAUUGGUUUGUUUGGAGUGUUUGAUGGUCAUGGUGGAGCUCGAGCUGCAGAGUACGUCAAGCAACAUCUUUUCAGUAAUCUCAUCAAGCAUCCGAAGUUCAUAUCUGACACCAAAGCGGCAAUAUCGGACGCGUACAGUCAUACAGAUACCGAGUUUCUGAAAUCAGAGAACAAUCAGAACCGUGAUGCUGGAUCAACUGCUUCAACCGCUAUUCUUGUCGGUGACCGUUUGCUCGUUGCAAACGUCGGUGACUCACGCGCUGUUAUUUGCAGGGGUGGUAAAGCCUUUGCUGUUUCCCGUGACCAUAAGCCGGAUCAAAGUGAUGAACGACAACGUAUUGAGGAUGCUGGUGGUUUUGUCAUGUGGGCUGGGACUUGGAGAGUCGGUGGUGUUCUUGCUGUUUCCCGUGCGUUCGGUGAUAAACUUUUGAAGCAAUACGUUGUGGCGGAUCCGGAGAUUCAAGAGGAAAAGGUUGAUAACUCACUUGAGUUUCUAAUUCUCGCAAGUGAUGGGCUCUGGGAUGUUGUAACCAACGAUGAGGCCGUUGCAAUGGCGAUACCAAUUGACAGCCCAGAAGAAGCAGCAAAAAGGCUGAUGCAGGAGGCGUCUCAGAGAGGUAGUGCGGAUAAUAUAACAGUAGUUGUCGUUCGUUUCUUGGAUAAUGAAGCUAGUGGCUCGAGUUCCCAUUGAAAUACAAGUGUUAUUUGCGUUUAUGGACUGUGUUUUGAGUUGCUGCAAGUGUUUACUGACCAACUUUCAUAUGUUACUUUCGCGGUUGCUUAAGUUUGUUUUAGGGUCUGAGUUUCCCGUGCGUCGAAAACAUAAUAAAUGUAACGAGGAUUGUUUAUUUAUAUCUGUUUAUGUAAUAUGUAAUGCAAAGUGUGAAAAAGAAAAUACCUUUGGACUCUAAUUUGUAUGUUUACAGAACAUGGUUAUGCAUCA